UGCCGAAGUUGCUUCAGCCUCUUUGCUCUCCUUUACAUGCCGUCAUGAUACCCGACUGGAAUCGAUCCGCUUCCCCGACGAAAAGCCUCGCGAAUCUCGGUUUAAUGUCGCUUGCUGACCGGCCGAUCCUUGCUUUACGCGGUCUGCGAUGGCUUCGUACGACCGAUUGCCCGGUUUGGUCUAGACAGCGCUCGGACAACCACCAUAACAUCUUCGUUACAGGAGUACAACCGGACAGAGAGUAUGCUUUUGCGUAGACGCAUCGCAAUCGUAUCAGUUCUCGUCUCAAUCUCUCUUGUCGCAGGUAUCUGGUCAAUUCGACCAGCAAGUCUACGGGGUGAAGCACUGAUGAUACCCUCUAAAGCCGUACAGGACUGCCCGUUCUGUGCGCGCCGUUUCGAAGGAAGGGUGAUAUACGAGGAUGAUGAGUUGAUUACGUUUCAUGACCGGUCACCUGCUGCUUCGUUCCAUGCGCUGAUUAUCCCUCGAGAACACAUUAUCUCGUGCAAGUCACUGACACCGGCUCACCUGCCACUUCUUCACCGCAUGAUCUCCAUAGCCCACGACAUAAAUCCCCACAAAGGCGAAGAAAGCUACAUGCAGCCCCGCAUAGGGUUCCAUGUACCACCAGUAAACAGCGUGGCACAUCUACAUCUACACGUGAUUGUACCGCCGUGGAAGCCUUGGUGGAAGCGGAUAAAGUAUCCCAUGGGAUGGUGGGGAUGGUGGUUCGAGCGGGUGGAGAAGACAAUUGAGAGGGUGGAGCGACUGGAGGUGGUGCCCCAGACACAACUGGAGUGAGCGGAUGUAAGAUGAUUCGGAAAGAACAGAUCGCUGCAGGCGAACAACAGACAAAGAGACGGGGGUAUGUCUAAGUGGGGAACCGCCCAGAAUAGAGGGGGGUUUGGAGGAGUUGCAGAUCCGGGAGGACCAUAGCAGUAACAGUGGCAGUAGGGUCUUUAGCUCUUAUGCAAGGAUCGGCGGUCUUGCGACCUUCAUGACGGUAUAGAUCGCACAUACAACUAAAGCGUCGCCGGCAAGAAUAUAUAUGAUGACAUUUCGCUCCGUUUGCUG